AUGGAUUUGGACUUGAGCCAGGUGGUUUCCCCUAAUUACGGGGUGCUGGACAGUUUUGAGGACACUUAUGGACAUUUAUUGAACCACAGACCUCAUCAUGUCGGCGACUACACUCUCAAUCCCUUAGUCCUGAGUAUUUUGGAUACACUACCGCAAAGCAUGCCGGAAUCAUCGUUCAAUGAAAUUUCGCCACCCGACAGGGUUGCUGGUUUGUCUGAUAUUUUAGUCGAUCGAACUGAUCACAUUCCAGAUCUUAUGCAAAUGGAAAUGUCGUCAUUUUUACCGGCCGCGUUCCAUGACGACGUAAUGAGUGACGAUCCAUUGUACAGUGCGAGGCAUACAGACUUAUGCCGAGAUCUCGACUCUGAAGAUGUUUCUAUGUCAACACUGACUAAAACGAUCAAUUCAUUGAAUAAUGAAAUACAUCGCCUUCAUAACCAGAAUACACACAGUGUUUCGCCUGUUUGCCAACUCGAUGAAACGAUGUCCUUACCAACGCCAUUAUCAUCAUCGGUUAACCAAUCACGGAGCACAUCCCCGGUAAUGGCGGCGUAUAUCGAACUUUCAAACUCUGUGUCGCCGUCGCCAACACUUCCCCAAUCAUCUGACGAAACCAUAGCGACCCUAUCACGUGAAACGAAUACAAAAUCCGGUCCCUGGACCGAACAUAUACCAUUAAGCUCAAACGUGGCAAUCCAAUCCCCUUCCGAUCCGCCAUCACCAAGGACGCUCCAUGUGACACAUACGUCAUCAAUCCCACACCAAACUUCGACUGUCAGAUUACCAUUUUACGUAGCUGCCGACCAGGCAGUAAAAAUGGAAACUAAUUAUUCGAUAAAGCUCGAGUGUGCAGGGGGAACGGAGAUUUCUAAUUCACAGCAUGUACAGAACGGAUCUGUAAGUGGCAUGGACGGGAUUAAAAGAAUGACAUCUGACGAUAGCGACAUAUCGACACGAACAUUGAGUUCAGAUUACAAUACCCAGCUCUGUGUGACCAUCGUCGCUCCCGUGACUGUCAAUGAAAUGCUGGACGGACCUCGGAAAAAGACAAAGCAAAAACGCGGCAAGAACCUACCAUGCGCAGUGUGCGGAGACAUGGCUCAGUGUUUUCACUAUGGUGUGGCCGCAUGUGAGGGCUGCAAGGGUUUUUUUAAGAGAACAGUACAAAAAAGUUCUCGAUACCUGUGUUUGGAGAAGCAGAGUUGUCGAGUAGACAAACGAAGGAGGAACCACUGCCAGUAUUGUCGAUUUCAGAAAUGCCUCGAGGUUGGAAUGAUGAAGGAUGUUGUUCGUAAGGAUGGCUUGAAAGGACGUCGAGGGCGCCUGCCAAGCACCGACAGACGACAAUCUCAUGGAACGAUUAACUCUCCGUCGUCGCCGAUUAGUCUGAUCACUCAGCUUGUCCGGGCAUAUCUUGAUACCUCUCCGACAACGUCAUCAUUGGACUACAGUCAAUUUCAAGAACCCCCGAAAGUAAAAACGGUGGAAUGGAAAACCUCGAUGUUGGUAUCGAAACCGAGCGAUCCCCAUGAGAGAUUACAUCAAUUCUAUGACAACUUGUGCGCAUCAUUUCAUUUAAUCCGACUGUGGAGUGAGAAGAUACCCGGAUGGAAUGAUCUUCAACGCCAAGACAGAGACUUACUUUUACAGACAGCAACACUGGAAGUGUUUAUACUUCGAGUCGCCUAUAGGUAUCGCCCUAUUAAACAACAUGUCGUGUUUUGUAACGGUAAAGUUCAUCAUCGUUGCCAGGCAAUGCUAGGAUUUGGAGAGUGGCUGAACUACAUCAUCGAUUUCUGUGAACAGGUACACAAGAUGGAUAUCGAUAUCUCGACGUUUGCUUGCCUCAAUGUUCUCACUUUAGUAACAGAACGUCAUGGACUAGAAUAUCCCAAGCAGGUUGAAAUGCUACAAGACUCCAUCAUCGAGUCACUGCAGGACCACCUCAUGAACAGUGCCGCUACUGAAAACAGGGAUAACUACUUGUCGAAGUUGCUGUUAUUGAUCCCGGAACUGCGCACGCUCAGUAAACAGGGUCUACAUCGCUUGUACUACCUCAAACUAGAGGGUGGCAUUCCUGCCCCACCUAUGGUGAAUAAAAUGUUCCAGCCCGAUUUGCCAUAUUAGGAUGGACGUCACGUCACGUAUGCUAUAUUUGCACUGACAAAAGAUUGCGUAAUUCCGACUGGCG